UUUGCCGUGAAGUUUGCCGACGAUAGCUUGCGUUGUUUCGUCAGCUUGAGAUAGCGAUUGAAGUCGCGGCGCCGUGCGAACGAGGGUGACGGCAGCAUGUGCUUCCUAGAUUCCUCGAUUAUUCAGAGAAUAGACGCCUGUCGUCGCGCAAUGGACCAAGCCAACCCGCGAGCUUUAGCCAUUCCUGUAGUCUACUACCCGGUACUGUAUGAGCGAAGGUAUAAACUGCAUUUCACAAUUGAGGCAACAGUUCUGCCAAGUCGGGUGAACGUGGCGACCCUGAUGCCGGCUACAUCAGCAUGUUUUGGCUCAGUGAGCUACAUUUGCAAGGUCAGCUACAUCAGGUAUGGAAAUCAGCAGGCGAAUCCGGGUACGCGACAGACUCGCCAUCACAUUGCACCCCCUCAUCCUUCUACACGGGGGUCAAUCAGGUUGGAGCGUACCAGUAUGCCGAUCGAAACUCGUCGUGUCGCCGGUUGCGGCCGAGUGUGCAGCCUCCAACGUUUAGUACUCCACUAACCCUUGGACGUCUAGCAUGUUGGCCAUCACGUGGACGUCUAUCGCUUUAUCGAUGGAUGCCCAAUUGGAUCUCUCUUCGACGUCAUGGCGCAGAGUGGGAAUAGAUGGACGAAUGUAGUUGCGAGAACCUAGUAGUUUGUACAGUAGAGCCGUGACCGGCUCAGUGGGGCGACAUGCAAGAGGGAUUGGUUAGCAUUCAACGUAUCCACGUCAGCGCGACAGGGGCAGUUCAUUCUGUUCCGCGCGAUUGUGGUCGUCAAACUGCCACGUAGUAUGAUCGCUGAUGCGAAAGUGCAUUUCGGUGAAUUUCCCUUCGCAGAAUGAUGGUACUGCAGAAUGACGGCACUAUGGUCUACUUUAAAUACAAACGUCAAGUGAA